AUGAAACUAGAAAAAACUUCUUUGGUCUCUUUGGCCACCAUCUCUGUUGCCUCCUCGUUUUUGAUUCCUGCAGAUGAAAGAAUGCUUAGGGACAAGUUGGUCCCACAGCAUGGUAAGGCGGGUGCGGAUGCCGAGCAUGCUAAACACAAGGGCGGGCAACACAGUGUUGUGAAACACAACUCGGCAAAGCAUCACAAACAAUCUCGCAAGCAAAUGCGUGUGCACAAACAUGACGACUCAGACUCCGGUAGCGAUAGCGAUAGCGGUAGCGAUAGCGAUGGCGAUGGCGAUGGCGAUGGCGAUGGCGAUGGCAACUACGAAUCCCCCGCCAUCGCCCCAUUAUACUCCCAAUCCUUACACCCUCAAAAUAUCAUUCCUCACCGCUACAUCAUCACCUUCAAAAAAGACGUUGCCCCUGAAGAAAUCGAUUUCCACCAACAAUCAAUCAACGAAUUACAACAACAGUCCAUUGCUCAACUACCUCACGACCAUCCUUAUUUCAACUCGGUCGAAGGUCUCGACUUGCAACAACCAAUCAUUGAUUCUUUCAACAUCAACUCCCUAUUGCAAGGUUAUAUCGGCUAUUUCACAGACGAUGUCAUUGACUUCAUCAGAUUGAACCCAUUGGUCCAAUUCGUCGAACAAGACUCCACUGUCAACAUCAACGAAUUCGACACUCAAAACGGUGCUCCAUGGGGGUUGGCAAGAAUCUCCCACCGUGAACGUUUGAACUUGGGCUCCUUCAACAAAUAUUUGUUCGAUGACAAGGCCGGUGAAGGUGUCACCGCCUACGUCAUCGACACAGGUGUCAACGUCGAACACAACGAUUUCGAAGGAAGAGCUUCUUGGGGUAAGACCAUCCCAAAUAACGACGAAGAUUUAGACGGUAACGGUCAUGGUACUCAUUGUGCUGGUACCAUUGCUUCCAAACAUUAUGGUGUCGCCAAGAAUGCCAACGUCGUCGCAGUCAAAGUCUUGAGAUCCAACGGUUCCGGUAGUAUGUCCGAUGUCUUGAAAGGUGUCGAAUACGCCACUGCUUCUCAUUUGGCUGAUGUUAAAAACAAAAAAUCAGGUUUCAAAGGUUCCACUGCAAACAUGUCCUUGGGUGGUGGUAAAUCUCCAUCUUUGGAUUUGGCCGUCAACGCUGCUGUCAAAGCAGGUAUCCAUUUUGCUGUUGCAGCAGGUAAUGAAAACCAAGACGCUUGUAAUACCUCUCCUGCUUCUGCCAAAUACGCAAUCACCGUCGGUGCCUCCACUUUAAGUGACGAUAGAGCUUAUUUCUCUAACUGGGGUAAAUGUGUCGAUGUCUUUGCUCCAGGUCUAAACAUCUUGUCCACUUAUAUCGGUUCGGAUGAUGCUACUGCCACUUUGUCGGGUACUUCCAUGGCUUCUCCUCACGUAGCAGGUCUAUUGUCUUAUUUCUUAUCUCUACAACCAGAACAGGAUAGUGAAUUCGCCACUUCACGUAAGGGAGGUAUAACCCCGGCACAAUUGAAGAAGAGAUUGAUUUCUUAUGGUACAAAGGAUAUCCUACUGGAUAUCCCAGAAUUGACUCCAAACGUCUUGGUAUUCAACGGUGCAGGUCAAGAUUUAAGUGAUUUCUGGAACAUUUCCAAACCUGCUGACCUUGAAUCUAACGAGGUCUAUAAAAACUUGGAUCUAGUUGGAGACGUCUUGUACGACCAAUUCACAGGAAUCUUUAAAAAGAUGAACUUGUUAUGA